AUGAUGAGCGGCUCGUCGAGCGGUGCAGGUGGCGGCGGCGGUGGCGGUGGACGGCCGUGCGGGGCGUGCAAGUUCCUGCGGCGCAGGUGCAUGGCCGGCUGCAUCUUCGCCCCCUACUUCGACGCGGAGCACGGGGCGGCGCACUUCUCGGCGGUGCACAGGGUGUUCGGCGCCAGCAACUUGUCCAAGCUCCUCCUGCAGAUCCCUGCGAACAAGCGCAUGGACGCCGUGGUCACCGUCUGCUAUGAGGCACAGGCCCGCCUCCGUGACCCCGUCUACGGCUGCGUCAACCACAUCUCUGCCCUCCAGCAACAGGUGGCGAACCUCCAGGCCGGGGUCGCCUACCUGCAAGCCUACCUCGCCACGCUGGACGUGCCACCGCCACCGCCUCCGCCACCGUCUUUCCCGCACGUGCCAAUGGCCACCGCGUUCUCCGUCUCCGGCCUGCCGUCGUCGUCGAACGUCCCGGCCAGCGGCAACGACCUGUCAUCGCUCUUCGCACAGCCCACGCAGUCCCAGUGGGACUUGCAACACCAAUACCAACACCAACACCAGCACCAACACCAACAGCCGCUACUCCAACAACCAUAUGACCAAAUGGGAGAGGGCUCCGGCUCCGGUGGCAGCCGCACCGACGGUGGCGACCUGCAAGCCCUGGCCAGGGAGCUCUUGGAACGGUCCCAACGGAGAUCGGCGGGAGCGAGGCCCCAAAGGCCAUCGCGCACACAGUGA